AAUCCCAUUUUUUGGACGACUUCCAUUUUUCGAUGAAGAAACGGGCGAAAAUCUACAAAAAAACUACGGCGAUAUUGUCAUGCAUCGCACUGGGAUGAUACGCUCGGUGUUCCUGUUCGAUUCCGACACCGCCAAGGAGGCCUUGGCAAGGCUGGAGUUCGCCGACCGCCCAGAUUUCUUUACCUCUUUCACUUUGGACGAUCAAAAACUCGGAGGAGUUGUUAGCAGCAACGGUGUGCACUGGCAGCACGACCGCCGUUUUGUGCUACGCAACCUACGCAACCUUGGAAUUGGUAAAGAUCACCUAGAAGAAGCAAUUAAUAUCGAAGGCAAAGCGCUGGUGGAAGACCUCAAGAAGUACGGCGGUGAAGCCAUCAACUACCCCGACAGCUUCAGGACUGUGGCGCUCAACAUCAUCUGGCAGAUGGUGGCCAGUACUCGGUACGAUCUUCGCUCCAAAGAAAUUGAAUCGAUUUUUCGCACCAAUAAUGAACUUCGUGAAAAAUUUAACCCAGUGACAUUAUUACCCUCGUUCAUUCCGGCAUUAGAUAAUCUACCUAAAUCCGUCAAGAAUUUUCUGUUUGGCGACGAUAUUUUUGAUCGCUUCGUGGAAGAAAUGAAGAAUGUCGUGAACUUUAUGACCACCAUCUGA